AUGAAAAUUAUUUUAACAUUAUUAUUAUUAGCAUUGGUUUGUGUUAAUUCUCAAUUGAUUAAUUAUACCCCUUAUAACGAAGAUUGUACUUCAAUUGUAGAUGGUGUUGGUUUUGGUUUAUUACCAUUUACUUGUUUAUUAAACACUACUACCGAAUCAAUUUAUUCAUUUGAUUUAUAUGAUCAACCUUAUGUAAAUAUUUCAAGUUCUCAUACAGGAUAUUGUGAUGAUCCAGUUUCGACCCAAAUUUUUAAACUUGAUUCAUGUGGAUAUUAUAAAUACUCAAAAACAAAUUACUAUGUUUACCAAUCAAAUCAACCAGAAGUUCCAGCUAAUUCAUAUAUAUAUGAACAAUAUGACUCUACUUGCGAAACUCGUCAAAGUUAUUGGUAUGCUACAAAUGGAACUGUUGUUGUUGAUUAUAAACAAAAUUUUUCAACAACUUAUCUUUGCAUAUCUAAUCAACCAUUCACUAAUGUAUGCACAGAUGGUAAAUGUGUCCUUACACCAGUGAAGACAUCUUGCGAAAAUUCAAAUGGAAUUAUUAUUACAUGUACCGUUUAA